UGACAUAGAGAGGUGCGGGUAUACACUACACACAUCGUCCGGUACGCAGCGACGAGUGCGAGUGAGAGAGACAGACAGCGUAGAGCGCGAGAGGCUCACGCUCGCGGUUCGUGCACAUAGAUCGUAGUCGGCGCGGAAGUUAUUUCCUUCCCCCGCAACGUCGUUGCAAGUAUAUGUGCGUGCAUGUGCGCGCGUGCACAGCCUCAAUACAGAACGUGUGUAAUAGCCAACCGAAAUUUUCGGCUCCGUGAAUAAGAGAAGAGAGUAGUACUGCAAUCAUCGUUCGCGAGACCGUUCAUCUCUCGUACAAUAUCACUCUUGCUCGCCUGUACAGUUGCAAGUGUGCGUGCUGUGUGUGUACAAGUAAGAAGAGUAGCAGCAGAAGAUCGACAUCGUCCUGGUGGCGAAGAAGUGGGGCAGCGGCAGUGAACUGUAAAGGACAAGUGUUAGCUCGAAUGCUCGGGUGUUGCUGCUGCGAGCCGGCGCUGGUGGUUAGCAGUGCUGCUUGACUGGCUGGCUGCCGCCGCGGCGUGCCAGUAGUAGCACCAGGAGUCGGCGGCGCUGGCGCUUAGAGGCAAUACGUUUGACGGAGGCGAGGGUGAGGGAGGCGGCGGCGGCGCCGAAGUCGAAGGUGGUAGUAGUGAUUGUGGUGGUGUUGGUGGUGGAGGCAGGAUCGGCAAAGGUGGUUGGCUGCUGCGGGAGCAGCCAUGGCGUGCUGCCUCUCGGAGGAGGCUAAGGAGCAGAAACGCAUCAACCAGGAGAUUGAGCGCCAACUCCGCAGGGACAAGCGCGAUGCUAGGCGGGAGCUUAAACUCUUACUGCUGGGCACUGGCGAGUCCGGCAAGUCCACAUUCAUCAAACAGAUGAGAAUUAUCCAUGGCUCCGGAUACUCGGACGAGGACAAGCGAGGCUUCAUCAAGCUGGUCUACCAAAAUAUCUUCAUGGCGAUGCAAUCGAUGAUCCGGGCGAUGGAAAUGCUCAAGAUCCAGUACGCGGACUCGUCGAAUAUCGAGAAAGCCGAACUCGUGAGGGCGAUCGACUUCGAGACGGUGACGACGUUCGAGGAGCCCUACGUAAGCGCGAUAAAGGAUCUGUGGAAAGACACUGGCAUCCAGGAGUGCUACGACCGCAGACGGGAAUACCAGCUGACGGAUUCUGCCAAAUAUUACCUGAUGGAAAUAGACCGAGUCGCGUCGCCGAACUACCUCCCCACAGAGCAGGACAUACUGCGCGUUAGAGUGCCCACCACGGGCAUCAUCGAGUACCCCUUCGACCUCGAAGAGAUACGAUUUAGGAUGGUCGACGUCGGUGGACAGAGAUCCGAAAGAAGAAAAUGGAUUCAUUGUUUCGAGAAUGUAACUUCCAUUAUAUUUUUAGUAGCACUAAGUGAAUACGAUCAAAUUCUGUUUGAAUCAGAAAACGAGAAUCGAAUGGAAGAAAGUAAGGCGCUGUUCAAGACGAUCAUAACAUAUCCCUGGUUCCAGCACUCUUCGGUCAUCUUGUUCUUGAAUAAAAAAGAUCUACUAGAGGAGAAAAUUAUGUAUUCCCACUUGGUGGAUUAUUUUCCAGAGUACGAUGGACCCCAAAGAGAUCCGACAGCAGCGAGAGAAUUCAUUCUGCGGAUGUUCGUCGACCUGAAUCCAGAUAGCGAAAAGAUUAUCUAUUCCCACUUUACAUGCGCCACAGGUAAGUCAGUCAUGUCUAGAUGUGCGCCUGCUUUCUUGUCUGCGUUGAUAACCCGCUUUUCCGCUUUCGUUCCCCUUGCUUUUUGAGCUUUUGCAUGCCAUUCGCGUCGGCUUACUCUUGCCUGUUCGUAUCGCUUUUUCGAAGGGUCUUUUACAUACCUACGGUAGAUCGGUAGUCGAAUAAUUUCUGUUGGUUCUCCACUUACGCUCGAGGACACCGAUUAUGGAAAUGCCUAAUUUGCUCAUUGUUUUGUUUGAUUGACGUCUAACCGCACGCAUGCAACCGCACUGGAAACAUGG